AUGUCUGAAACGAUAACGAAAGAUUCAAAAUAUUGGAAAGAUAGAAAGAAGCGAUUCCUGCUGGAUGUUGAUGCAAAAGUUGCUAAACAGCGAGAUAAAGAUGACACGUAUGUGCGGUUUAAACAUCUAUUGGGUUUGACGGAUUUGUUUCGUCAUUUUAUUGGGAUGCGUGCAAAGAGGGACAAAAACAUGCAAAAGUUAUUAAGGAUGGUUGAUGGGGAAUCGCGCGGUAACAAUAACAAGUCUCUGCGCAAUAGGGAUUCAUCGAGACAUUAUAGGAAGACAGAAAAAGAGGAAGAUGCAGAGCUAAUACAAGAUGAAGAAGGCCGCCUAUCUGAAACUACUGUUUUAACUGAAUCACCCAAUUAUGUCAAAGCUGGGAAACUGAGGGAAUAUCAAAUAUAUGGUCUUAACUGGUUGAUAUCCUUGCAUGAGAACAAGCUUUCUGGUAUAUUGGCUGAUGAAAUGGGGUUAGGAAAGACUCUGCAGACGAUAUCGUUCCUUGGAUAUUUAAAAUUUAUCAAAAAUAUUGAUGGUCCAUUUAUUGUUGUCGUACCAAAAUCCACACUUGACAACUGGAAACGCGAGUUUUCCAAGUGGACUCCAGACGUUCGUACUCUAAUCUUACAGGGUGAUAAGGAGACACGAGCGAAGUUACUUGAAGAUCGUAUUUUAAGCUGUGAUUUCGACGUUCUAAUCACUUCUUAUGAAAUGGUAAUUAAAGAGAAGGCUGCGUUAAAGAAAUUUGCAUGGCAGUAUAUUGUUAUCGAUGAGGCGCAUCGUAUCAAGAAUGAGCAAAGUACAUUAUCCCAGAUUAUUCGUCUAUUUUAUUCUAAAGGCAGGCUAUUGAUUACUGGAACACCUCUGCAAAAUAAUUUACAUGAGCUGUGGGCCUUAUUAAAUUUUUUGCUACCAGAUGUAUUCGGUGAAUCAGAGGUUUUCGAUGAAUGGUUUCAACAAAACGACAAGGAUCAGGAUCAGGAAGUCGUAGUACAACAGUUACAUGCAGUUCUACAACCCUUUUUACUAAGACGGGUAAAAGCUGAAGUGGAAAAGUCCUUACUACCGAAAAUUGAAACUAAUGUUUACGUGGGUAUGGCGGGCAUGCAACUUCAAUGGUAUAAAUCUCUACUUGAAAAGGACAUCGAUGCUGUAAAUGGUGCUGUAGCAAAACGAGAGGGUAAAACACGUCUAUUGAACAUUGUUAUGCAGCUGCGGAAGUGCUGUAACCAUCCUUAUCUAUUUGAAGGGGCUGAACCUGGUCCCCCAUUCACAACAGAUGAACACUUAAUCUAUAAUUCUGGUAAGAUGAUUGUUUUGGACAAGUUGUUGAAACGAAAACAGAUGGAAGGGUCUCGUGUUUUAAUAUUUAGCCAAAUGUCUAGACUUCUGGAUAUUUUGGAAGAUUAUUGUUACUUUAGAGAAUAUGAAUACUGUAGAAUGGACGGUUCUACAUCUCAUGAGGAACGUAUCCAAGCAAUUGAUGACUUCAAUGCGCCGGAUUCAAAUAAGUUCAUAUUUUUAUUGACUACUCGUGCAGGUGGUCUAGGAAUCAACCUGGUUACGGCGGACACAGUUGUGUUAUACGAUUCAGACUGGAACCCACAAGCUGACCUACAGGCAAUGGAUAGAGCUCAUAGAAUUGGUCAGAAAAAGCAGGUACAUGUAUACCGCUUUGUUACGGAAAAUGCGAUAGAAGAAAAGGUUAUUGAACGCGCCGCCCAGAAGUUAAGGUUAGAUCAAUUAGUUAUACAGCAAGGUACUGGCAAAAAGAGUGCCAACUUAGGAAAUAGCAAAGAUGAAUUGAUUGAUAUGAUCCAGUUCGGAGCAAAGGAUGUAUUUGACAAGAAAUCUACCGAGGUUACUAUGGAUGAUGAUAUUGAUGAAAUUUUGAAAAAAGGUGAGCAGAAGACUCAAAAAUUAAAUGCAAAAUAUGAAGCCCUAGGCUUGGAUGACCUACAAAAAUUCAAUGGUAUGGCUGAUCAAUCAGCAUAUGAAUGGAAUGGUACAAUCUUUGAAAAAAAGAAAACUGAAGCUAAGUCGCUCGAAUGGAUCAACCCAUCGCGUAGAGAAAGGAGAAGGGAACAGACUUAUUCAGUUGAUGAUUAUUAUAAGGAAAUUAUAGGAGGCGCUGCAAAUAAGAACUCUUCAAAAACUACACCCCAACCAAAAAUGCCAAAGGCUCCACGAGCUGUUUUGAUUCAAGAUUUCCAAUUCCCAUCACCUAAUUUAAACUUUCUACAGGAAAAGGAACAGUUGUCUUAUAAGCGGAAAAUAAACUACAAAGUCGCCAGUUAUGAUCUGGGAUCCGAUGAUGAGGAAGAUGAUGGAAGUAUCUCUGAAAGGAUAGCUUCUGAGCAAGCAAAGAUUGAUAACGCUGAGGAAUUUACCGAAGAAGAUGAACUAAUGAAGCAGAAAUGUAUAGAUGAAUCGUUUACUAGUUGGACUAAACGUGAAUUCAUAACAUUCAUUAACGGUUCUUCCAAAUUUGGAAGAACAAACUUUAAAGCCAUAGCAUCAAUGCUAGAAAAUAAAACUGUUAAAGAAGUUGAAGAAUACGGUAAUGUUUUUUGGUCGAGGUAUAAAGAAAUCCAGGGUUAUGAAAAAUAUUUAAAUACCAUUGAGGCUGGCGAAAGGAAGACUGAGAAGUUAAGACAGCAAGAGUCAUUAUUAAAGAUGAAAAUUGCUCAAUGUGAAUCCCCACUUCACGAAAUGAUCAUACAAUAUCCUCCAAAUAAUGCAAGGAGAACUUAUAAUUCAAUGGAAGAUAAGUUUAUUUUGAUUACAGUUAACAAAUACGGUCUUUUUUCGGAUAACCUUUAUGACAAAGUAAAGCAAGAAAUUAUGAAAUGCAAUCUAUUUCAUUUUGACUGGUUUAUUAGAACAAGAUCAGUGCAUGAAUUAUCAAAAAGGGUUACCACCCUAUUAACUAUGAUUACUAGGGAGUAUGAAGGUCCAGAUAGCGCUGCGAAGAGAAAAAGGAAAACCAAGGAUGACACACCAGCUAUAUCCAACGGUGAUCGAGGUGUCUCCACUGGCCUAGAUCCCUCGGAGCAGCCUUUAAAAAAAAUUAGAGCUGAAGAAGGCGUUUUCGUGCCUCAUUAA